AACAACAAAGACUAAAGACUAUAAGAAGGCUGUGAAGGUCGCGCCACCAAAGAACAAAUGUAUUGGAGAGCAUUAGAAGGAGAGCUGAGAACAGGGAGAGCGAGCUAAUUAAAUCGCAGAAAACAAAGCGAUCGCCAGAAGACUGUAGCUACACGGAGACGGAAAGACAGAAGCGGAGAUUCCCAUUCUUUAAAAAUAAACACACACAUCUGAUACGAGUGAGGGACAGUCUGAGCCAUGGCCAUUAACCUGAAAGCCCUGUUGGGCAUGAUCUUUGUCUUUGUGGGAUGUUGCAGCAACGUUGUGUUCCUAGAACUGAUCAUCCAGAUCGAUCCUGGUGCCGGCAAUCUGAUCACGUUCGCCCAGUUCCUGUUUAUCGCACUGGAGGGCCUCGUCUUCACCUCCAAGUUCUUUACGGUCAAGCCGAAAAUCGCUUUGAAGGACUAUGUGAUCCUGGUGCUGUUGUUCUUCGGGGCAAACGUGUGCAAUAACUAUGCCUUCAACUUCAACAUACCCAUGCCGCUGCACAUGAUCUUCCGCAGCGGAUCACUGAUGGCCAACAUGAUAAUGGGGAUUAUAUUGCUGAAGAAGCGCUACAAUCUGCGGCAGUACAGCUCUGUGGCCAUGAUCACGGCGGGCAUUAUCCUGUGCACUCUCGUCUCCAGCGGCGAUGUCAAGGACAACACCCACCACUCACUGCGGGUGGAGACCUCCUACUCCGACUUCUUCUGGUGGUCGGUGGGCAUUGCCCUUCUGACCAUCGCCUUGCUGGUUACGGCCUACAUGGGCAUAUACCAGGAGGUGAUCUAUAAGCGUUAUGGAAAGCAUCCCAGCGAAGCACUCUUCUAUACGCACAUGCUGCCGCUGCCGGGAUUCCUCAUCAUGGCCAGCAACAUUGUCCAGCACUUUGGUAUUGCCCUGUCCUCGGAAACGGUGGCGGUUCCCCUGUUGGGCGCCAUCGGCUUGGAAUGGAAGUUCCCACUUAUGUUAUUCUAUCUGCUGUGCAAUGUGGUCACCCAGUAUGUGUGCAUCAGUGCCGUCUAUCUGCUGACCACCGAGUGCGCCUCGCUCACCGUCACCCUGGUCGUUACGUUGCGGAAGUUCGUCUCGCUCCUCUUCUCGAUCAUCUACUUCCGUAAUCCGUUCACCGUCAACCACUGGCUGGGCACCAUCCUCGUCUUCUUCGGCACCAUUCUCUUCGCCAAUGUGAUCAAUCAGCUGAAGGACGCCUACCAGGCGCGUUCCACCGGCAAGAAACAGCGCUUCGAGACCGCUCCCAAGCCAAAGAAGGUUGAUUAGGCGGCGGGCAGGCGGUACA